AGGUACAGUAUAUGAAGUGUAUUUGAAAGUUGAGCAAUCUGAAAGGGGACUAUUAUGCUCUGCAGGCUGGUCAACUCAUAAACUCAUUAACUGAUCAGUCUGAUCAACUCAUGAACUCAUUAACUGAUCAGUCUGAUCAACUCAUGAACUCAUUAACUGAUCAGUCUGAUCAACUCAUUAACUCCAUUAACUGAUCAGUCUGAUCAACUCAUUAACUCCAUUAACUGAUCAGUCUGAUCAGAUACAGAUACUCCACAGCUGCUGUAGGUGCAUGUUUGUGUUUUAUACCCCUCAUAACAGACGAGAGAACCAACAUUGAAUUAUUGCUGCUCCUUCAGUGAAGAUUGUUUGAUAACAUAACACACUCCAUUGAAGUCGGUCAAUGCUGCUCCAGUAUGCUCUGGAGCUAAUAAACAGUGCUUUGCCACUUAUCAACAAGUUCAGUCAACAAGAAACACUGUGUCCUCAUUUAUGGAAUGUUUAGUGUGAGCUUCUGUGUUCUUCUAACUCAUCAAAGCGCAAGAGGACAACGUGUUCGUUUCAGACAUUAUCAUGUGUUGUCAAUCAUCAACAUCUCAAGAAUCUCAUCAUGAAGCCGUCCCUAUAGUGCACAUUGCGUACCAGAUAUACUAACUACUGUAACAGGCUUAGAGAACUUAAUGCUGAGUAUGAGUUCUGUGUGCCUUUGUUCUGAUUUGCAUUUAGCUGAGUGAUUGUGAGAAGGACAAAAUAAAUAGGCCUUAUAAACAUAUUAGUCCCCCAUGGCCUUGAUGAGCUCUUAAGGCCAUGAUCGACAUCCUGGCUGUAAACGAACUUGAUGUUGAACAGGAAAACUCCUCUUGAAAGUUGGGUUUCUAAAGAUUGAAAAUGUGUCUGCUGUCUUCUCUGGUUCUUAUCGCUUUUUCAUUUAGAUCUCUGUCUAGCCAGCUGCCAGAUGAUGUAGCCUGGCCGGCUGCAUGCCAUGUUAGAGAUAGUCAGUCACAAUCAGUCAGUAUCAGAGGGAAGUGUGGCAGCUCGAACACACUUCACACAGGGUCAAUUUGAUUUAUAAGAAAUGGAGGGACGGACCAACACAAAACAGGCCUUGUUGCAUGCGAGUGCCUCACAGCUCUGUCUCACAGUGUUGGCCAUUGUGUGGCCUGCCAUGGAGCAGGGUCCUGGCUGCAUCUGGGAACGGGCUUCCAGACCCUUACAUCUGCUAACAAAGACUCAUAGAAAACGUCUCAUACCACAAGAUGGUUCUUCCUGGACCGUUUUAUUCUUCAUCUUGUAAAUAAAGAAAAGAGGCGGAGUAGAAAGAUGUUUAGUGUCUGUCCAUUCCUUCCAUGUCUUAGCUUUGACCCUGGGUGCCAUGUCACUCUGGCCAGUAAUGAGAACCCAUAUGUGUGACAAAUGUUUCCUCCUCCUGGUUCUAAAAGAACCUUGUCCCACUCAAUGUUCACUGUGACUAGUUAACGGACACUUCUCUCAUUUGGCUGUUUGCUUCCUGACGACGUAGUCUUAGCCCAACAUGAAGCCAGCGGCCACCAGCCCUGCACCGGGGGAUGAGAGUAAGAGUGUCCCUCUUCCCCAAGGCUGGAGAUGUUACAAGUCACCCGAGGGAUGCAGGUACUAUGUCAACACCGGCAGCAAAGAAACAACAUGGGAACGGCCCUCUGCUACUUAUGGAACCCCAGUGAGACCACCAGCACAAAGAAACUCCUUACCAGAAGUCAAUGGAACACUUUACACCACAGGAAGUGCUAUGCAUCCCACGGACCCCCCUGGCGUGCCCCUACGGAGAACCACUAUGGACAAACAGAACCCGGGGAACAAUUCACCAGCCAAGAGGCAGAACAAGGAGAUCAAGGAGACCAAGAUAACAAUCAACUGCGUGACCUUCCCGCUGCCCAGUGUGAUGCCAGAUCAACCAGAGCAGCAGCUACUGAAGCCCAAUGAGUGGAGCUACUGUGACUACUUCUGGACUGACAAGAAGGACCCCCAAGGGACCCCCUCUGUGGGCGGCUUUGAGGUGCUGCUGCAGAAACAGCUCAAGGGCAAACAGAUGCAGAAAGAGAUGGCUGAGUUCGUCCGGGAGAGGAUAAAGAUUGAAGAUGAAUACUCUAAGAACCUCUCCAAGCUCUCCCAGAGCCCCUUGGCUGCUCAGGAGGAAGGAACCCUUGGGGAUGCUUGGGCCCAGCUGAAGAGGAGUUGUCAUGAUGAGGCUGAAGUCCACCUCAAGUUCUCCAAUAAGCUCCAGUGUGAGGUGGAGAAGCCCCUGCUGACGUUCAGAGACAACUUCAAGAAGGAGUUGAAGAAGUACGAUCACCACAUCAUAGACCUCAGGAAGCAGCUGGCCAGCCGCUAUGCAGGUGUGGAGAAGGCCCGUAAAGCCCUGGCAGACCGGCAGAAAGAUCUGGAAGUGAAGACCCAGCAGCUGGACAUCAAGCACAUGAACAAACACGAGGAGGACAUCAAGAAGGCCCGGCGGAAAUCCACACAAGCAGGUGAUGACCUGAUGCACAAUGUGGACCUGUACAACCGGGCCCAGUCCAAGUGGUUCGAGGAGAUGGUCACCACAAGCCUGGAGCUGGAGAGACUUGAGGUUGAGAGGGUGGAGAUGAUACGACAGGAUUUACGCCAGUACACAACGCUGCGACAUGAAACUGACAUGUUCAACCAAAGUACGGUGGAGCCAGUGGAUCAGCUGCUUCAGAGUGUGGACCCAGCCAAAGACCGAGAGCUGUGGGUGCAGGAGCACAAGACCGGGGAUCUCCGCCCUGUGGACAUGGACAUAUAGUUAACUACACUGACGUACCUCAAGCAGCCAGAGGCAACACCUCCACCUCCAUACUGUCAGAAUCCCACCCAGUCCUCUCACAGAACAUUCCAACUACAGCUACAGGUGCAGGUGCAUGUACGCCCCGGUCUUGGGGCGGCAGCGUAGCCUAGUGGUUAGAGCGUUGGACUAGUAACCGGAAGGUUGCGAGUUCAAACCCCCGAGCUGACAAGGUACAAAUCUGUCGUUCUGCCCCUGAACAGGCAGUUAUCCCACUGUUCCCAGGCCGUCAUUGAAAAUAAGAAUGUGUUCUUAACUGACUUACCUGGUUAAAUAAAGGUAAAAUAAAUCAAAUAAAAAUGUAUGUUCAGGAUAAGGUGAGGCCUGUACAUUCUGUCUAUGAUGACAUCAGAAUAGCACAAUGUUAUCUCAGUGAUAACUGGAGAAAAGUUAGCAUUCCCAAUGCAGUGCUUUUGAACCUACAAUGGAAAAACAAGAGAUAAAUAGUCCAAAUACCAGCAUGUUACACUAAUACAAUGUUUGAUAGUUUUAUUCUGUACAAUGAAUGCCACUAAACAAGCUUAAACAAUUAUUUAUGGUUUUAUCUGUUGUAAAAUUAGAAGUUUACACUAUUAAGAAUGAUACAUUUUUAUGUAUUUGAGAAAUAGAUUGGAUGCAUUGUAAAACCUUAUAAUUUUGGCAUAUAAACUGAACAACUAAUUAUUAACAUUUCACUUUAUUUUAGAUACUGGAAUAUGAAACAUUAUGUGAUAUCCUAGAUUAAUUAUGAUAUAUUUUCAUAUUUACAUUUUACCUGUCAAGAUAUGCAUGUUUUGGGAAAAUAUCUUACCUUUACUGUAUAUGGUUAAGUGCAUAUUUGUGAAAUAUGAUGGCUGUCUUGGCACUGUAGUACAAUGUAUAUGGGAUGUGUUUACAGAAAGUAUAUACCCCAAGUUUUACUGCACUCAAUGAACAAGAGUGAAUCAACUCAUUAAGGUUUGUCAUGAACAUGAAUUUAUGUACAACAACCUCUCUCAAAGUUGAAUAGGGUAAGAUGUUUAGGAUUGUGAAACAGCAUGUCUGUCACACGUCACCUCGUGUGGCAGAUUGGAACAUAGGCCUGAGUCUAUUUUGGAUCUGUGGUGAGACAAUGAUGACGACGAUCCAUGUUACAAUGAACACCUUUUAGUGCCUCAAGGUUAUAAACAGUACCUGGAAUGUUCUUGAUAUAUUCUAUUCUGCAUCAGUGUAUAUUUGUAGAUACAAGCUGGAUGUAUUUUGCUGUUAACUGUUUAAGUGGCCUUGCACUUUGGGUCAACUAAAUGUUUGUACCUUGUUGUUUGUAUGAAUUAUAACAGGAUAAUAGUCAACAGAUUCGAAAGUCAUUCAUUUAUUUUGCACGGCACUUUGUGAGUCAACCAUUGUUUAGAGUUGGGAAUUGCUAUUUUGCAUUUAACCUAAAUACAGUCCACUUUGUAUAUCCAAGAGGAGUCAUCACUUGGAAGCUCCAAGCAUCACUCGCAAAAGCUCAUCAGAAAAAGUGGUCAGUGUUAUUUGCACUGGAACCUGUGCUUGUCCAUACAUUUCAUAUAGUAUGCUAUUAACAGAUAAUAGCAUGGCCUUUAGCCAACAUAUCCACCUAAACAAGCGUACAUGAUAUAAAAUACUGCAUGUUUGUGUGUCUGUCUGUCAGUCUGUAUUUUGCCGUUAGUUAUUCUGGAAGUGUAACAAAGCAGGGACUUACUGUGUUUAUGGACCAUCUCCUCAGACUAUCACUCCUUUCAUAUUCUAAUGUAGAUAAUACAUUCACUAUUCUAAGACAUGCAUACAGAGAACACAUCUAUUCAGUAUAUAGACAACGUCUAUUCAGUAUAUACAUGCCUUAUCCACAUUGUUUCUAGGUGAGAAAAUAUGAAAAUACCACUGAAAUGAUUUGCAUUAUUCUAUCCCAAACUAAUCCAGAUUGAAAUGUUGUACUUAUUGUAUAAGUUAUCCUGCUACAGUAUGUGUCAAUGUUAUAUGUGUUAUGGUAAAGUUCUUACAUUAGAAGUUAAUGUACUUAACUUAACCACUCAUUUUGUAGUAAUGUUGAUUUAAUUGCCUUUUGUUAACUGAUUUCCAUUUCUCAUGUACAUCAAUUCAAAUGUUUCCAAUCUUUAAAGAAAUGUCAAAUCAUUGGUGACCUUUGUCCAGACAAUAUACUGUAGAAUGCUGUGUCUAAAUUAAAUCGUUUCCUUGGAAAUACGAUUUGACAAGA